CUCGGCGCGGCGGCGCUGGUCCGCUCCAGCAGCGUUUUAAUCCCCUCUAGCAAGCCGCCGAGCAGAGUGCGGUUUUCUUUACAUGGCCCCGACGGGAGGAACGCAAGCUGGGGUGGCUGCCCCCCGGCGUGUGCUCUCAGUGAGCCUCGAGUCCUAGGUGUGGGCUCCUCUCCAACCUUAUCUCUUGUUUCCCUCCGACCGCUUUUUCCGAGAAGAUAUGACCGAGUAGCUCCCCGCUCAAGGGCGGGAUUUGCUUGGGAUUUUCUUCAUGGAAGCGAUGUCCCCCCAGCAGGAGACUCUGGGGGGACAGCCAGGGCGCUCCUCUUCUCUGACUGGAGAGUCCAGGAUCGUGGGUGACACGGAGAGCAAAAAGAAAAUGAAAACACUAGCAGAGAGGAGAAGGAGUGCUCCAUCCCUCAUCCUUGACAAAGCCCUACAGAAACGGCCCAGUAGCAAGGAGAGUCCAUCUGCCAACCUGGACCCAUGUGUAUUUCUUAAUUCUUUUAUGGGCUCCAGCAGGACCCUGCUGAUUGACGGUCGAGUUGAACUCAAAAGGGGCUUGCAGCGUCAGGAACGACAUAUCUUUCUGUUUAAUGAUUUGUUCGUUGUGACUAAGGUCAAGUAUAACAACAAUCUUAAGAUAAAAAAUAAAAUAAAAUUAAGUGAUAUGUGGACAGCAAGCUGUGUAGAUGAAGUGGGUGAAGGGAAUACCAAUACUAUGAAGUCAUUUGUUUUAGGAUGGCCUAUUGUCAACUUCGUUGCCACUUUCAGCUCUCCAGAACAAAAGGAAAAGUGGCUUUCUCUUCUCCAGAGAUAUAUUGACAUAGAGAAGGAGAAAAACCAUCCAAAGAGCAUUCCUCUUAAAAUCUUUCCAAAGGAUAUUGGUAAUUGUGCUUAUUCCAAAACAAUAACAAUCACGAAUUCUGAUACAGUGAAUAAUGUCAUCACCACGGCCCUGUCAAUGCUAGGGAUAAAUGGUUCUGCAGAAGAUUACCAACUCUGGGUGAACUCUGGGAGAGAAGAAGCUCCGUACCCACUCAUUGGUCAUGAGUAUCCUUAUGGAAUCAAAAUGAGCCACCUUCGAGACACUUCAUUCCUGACACAGGGAUCAAAGGACUCACCAUCCCCUUUGGACUUCCAGGAAUCCUUCCUCAUGGAGCAGCUGCCCCGGGAGAUGCAGUGCCAGUUUAUACUGAAGCCCAGCCGCCUGGCCAGGAGCCAACCACUGACCGAUCCCAGCCAAAAGACGUUCAAAAGAAGAAGAUCUAUCAUAAAUUGGGCCUUUUGGCGAGGCUCCAGUACUCACCUGGACAAUAUGCCAGCGUCUCCAACAUCCCCGAUGCCAGGGCAGCUCUUUGGGGUUUCGCUGUCAGAAAUUUGUGAGAAUGACAACCUGCCCAAACCUGUUUUGGACUUGCUUUCCUUGCUAACCAAAAAAGGGCCUCUUACAAAAGGCAUUUUUAGGCAAUCUGGAAAUGUGAAAUCCUGCAGAGAGCUGAAGGAGAAACUUAACUCAGGAGCUGAAGUGGAUUUAGAUGGUGAAUCCAUAUUUGUGACAGCAUGCGUCUUAAAGGAUUUUCUUCGAAACAUUCCAGGAAGUAUUUUUUCAUCCGAUCUCUUUGAUGAGUGGGUCUGCAUCAUGGAUCAGGGGAAUAAUGAAGAGAAGAUAAACAGAGUUCAGAGGCUAAUGGAACAGCUUCCUAGAGCAAAUGUCGUUCUCCUACGAUAUCUAUUUGGAAUGUUGCAUAGCAUUGAACAGCAGUCUGUGUCCAAUCAAAUGACAGCUUUUAAUCUGGCAGUGUGCAUUGCUCCCAGCAUUCUUUGGCCACCAUCUACUGCUAGUCCUGAGCUGGAGAAUGAAUUCACUAAAAAGGUCUCUCUACUUGUACAAUUUCUAAUUGAAAAUUGCUGCAGGAUAUUUGGAGAAGAAAUCACUUCCCUGUUGAGAGAUAUUUCACUCAGCUGUGACAGAGACAAUGCCUCAGGUAUAUCUGGCUUCCAAAUGAAUGACUCUUCCUAUGACAGCUUAGAAAAUGAGCUGAAUGAUGACGUAGAUGCUCCAUGCAGUGACCUGGUAAAGAAGCUGGGUCAGGACAGCCGUAGCAUGGACUCUGUCUUAACACUGAGUGACUGUGAUUUGGACCAACCUGAAUCAGAAGGCAUUUUAACUCUGAGUGAUUUUGACUUGGACCAGCCUAAAAAUGAAGAAAUUCAACUGAAGCACCGUUCUAAAUCCAAGCCAUUGAGCAUUCCGGUGGCAUCCUGCAGUAAGGUUUCAGCACCAGACGGCUCCAAGAACGUGCCAGUUGGCACAAACACACUUGGUUACUUCUCCACAGCUGCAGUAGAUGCUCUAAAAAACUGGAGGAGACACAGACGCUGUUCUGAGCCCAGCAUAGACUACCUAGAUUCCAAGCUUACCUAUCUCAGGGAGUUCUAUCAGAAGAAGCUCCGCAAGUCCAGCUGUGAUGCUAUUCUCUCCCACCGAGAUGAAGAUAAUCACAAACAGCCCCAGCCCUCACAAGGAGGGCUUAGUUUAGUCACUCAGACUGAAGUGGAGAAGAAAAAUACCGCAAACCAAAACGUGAAGAAAAAAGCCUUUUUUAGUCAUGAAGGUACUCCAGUGAGACUUCCCUUCAAAUCCAAACCUGUGACCAUUUCUGUGGCAUCCUACAGUAACAUUUCAUUGCAGGAUCAUUCUAAAAGCCAGACCCUUGGCCCUGAUCACUCUGGAUACUCCCCAUCAAACACAACCCUUGGACUCAGAAGUUUGCAAAGGCACAGGCGCUGCUCAGAGCCAAACAUAGACUACCUAGACUGCAAGCUCACCUAUCCCAGGGGGGUUUCUCCAAUGAACAUACACAAGACAGGCUGUGAUGUUGGCCUCUCUCUUGGAGAUGAGGAUUAUCUAAAGCGCCACCACUCUUUGCAAGUAGAAGGUCAAAAACUGAUUAAUCAGAGUUUGAUUAUGGGGAUUGAGGUGGGUAAGAGUAAUGCCUCAAAUCAAAAUGUAGAAAAGAUGUUACAGGUUACUCCACCACGGUUAAAUGUUUGCUCAAGAACUAGCUAUUCUAGUUUGUCAUCACCAGGCACGUCGCCAUCGGGUUCUUCAGUGAGCUCUCAAGAUAGUGCUUUUUCCCAGAUUUCUGAACACUCAGUCUUUAUUCCCACAGAAACCUCUUCACCAGUUGAUUGCACUUUUUCAACCCUAAGGAAACAAGGGGAACUCUCUCCUGACUUCUGCAGCCCUUUUUCUGGGAUAUUCAGCCCUUCCCCAGAAUCAGCCAGCAGCCAUCCACUUUGUAUUAAAAAAGACAAUGUAGAGUGGUCUUCUCAGAUGCAUUCCUUAACUCUUCAGCCUAGCACAUGGUUAAGGAAUGGAGUGGCCACUCUGAAAAACUGGUCCCUCAAAAAGAAGACAAAGGCCCCUAGACAAGAGAGAAAGAAAGCAAAUUCCAUAAAAGGAGCUUUGGAGCAGCCGACUUGUUCUUCUGAAGUCUCAGAAGCCAGUCUGCUCCAAGAGAGACAGGUGGCUGCAACCUCCAACCUAGUCAGUUCUGUAGAAACAGAUGACCUUUGUAAUCCCUAUGUCUGCCAGGCUUCUGAGGACCAUGGUAGCUCACUAAUCAGUUCAGUGGAUGAAAGACUUAAACUCCAUAUGAAGCCAACCAAGGAAGUGGAGAAUAACAGCCAGUGUUUGCCUGGUGCUCAACCCCCAGAGAAUCCCCCACUCGGCUACUCUUUGACAGUAGGGAGCAUAGUGAACCCAGCCCCCAGUGCUGGGUGUCCAGAGACUUCAGUGGCUUGUAGUGAUGGGCUGGGACAUAGAACCAAAGACAUUUAACCAAAGUAGACUGUGACACCCACUGGAAUGGCUGGUUCAUAUUCCUUAAUCAGAUGCAUGGUGUAGGCAGCCUAAGGACAACCCCAGUUUACUUUUAGCAUAAUAAAAGGAUCUUUUUGAGAGGCAUUAAAGUCCUUUGUGGGGGAGGGAGAGGGAAUGUGUCUUUCCUCUGUAUUCUAAAAUUGGGUCACUGGGGUGUUUGGGUAGUUCUUCUCUUUUAUAAUCAGUAGUGAGAUGAGUCCCUAUUUAUAUACAUUCUGAGAUAUUCGUGUCAUCCAGAGGGAAGAGGCACAUUAUUGAGGGAAGUCUUAUGUCAACAUCUUGUGACCAGUAGCCCAAGACUAAUGUCAUAGAGCAGCAAAUUAAGCUAGGUGGGAACCGGGAGCCAGAAAUCAUCCCUAUUCCAUGAAGUGUUUGGAUUGAGGGUGCAGGAACAGCUGGAACUGAAGAAAAUCCCGGGGAGCAGUGGCCAUCCAGGCACUAUGAGGACAGUAACAGCUGAGGUCUCUGGUCAUCAUCUUUGACUAUGGGGUCACAGUAUCUCAAGCUAGAAGGAAUUCUGCAUCUAGUUCAGUCUUCUCUUUUUAUAGAUGAGUCAGAGACUCAGAGAGGUUAAGUGAGACUUACCCAUGUCACACAGUUAAUAUAUAGCAGAGCCAGGUUUUGAAACCACACCUUCCCAUUGAAAGGGGAAAAAAAUAUGUAUAUAAACAACCCCUGCAAGUACACAAAAGCUCGAUGUAAAGAUGCUUACUGUGAAAGUACUUUAAAAAAAUAUUAUUUUCCAUUUGAGUAAGAUGUUUUACUUAUUUUGAUAAUUGCUGCUCUCAUCCUCUUGGUCGCUUUCAUUGUUCUCUUAUGGAAAGCAGGGUUCCAGCCUGCACUCAGGUUUUGUGCAAGUUAGAUUAGGAAGAAGAGAGUAUCUUGAGAAUUCACAAAGACCCCAAAAGCCAGAGCUAUAAGGAGAAAGGCUGAUACACAUUAGCAAUUCCAAUAGGUUCUUCAUAGGCCAGGGUAUCAGCAACAGGAACUCCUGUCUUCCACGGCCUUGUGGACAUCUCCUUCCCAGCAGAGCACUUUGUUUAACUCUCUCCUGGCAUUCAUCCCAUCCUACUUUGUACUGGUGGGUUUUUAUUUUCUUGUCUUCUCCCUGUGCCUGAACUGUGGGUUCCUCAAGAACAGCGGUGGGGGUCUUCACUGUAGCUGCCCCUCCCCACCAGGACUCCCAGCAAGGUUAGUGCCUUGCACCAUGAUGGGCGCCCAAUCAACAUUUGUUUCAUCAAAUGGGUAUCUUGUCCUUUGUAACUCAAAAGUGCAACCACUCAUGACAUCUGCUUGAACAGUCCUGCUCACCUUGCACACAUGGUCUUAAUCAUUAAUUCAGAGUCCUGAAGAUGUUGUUCCUUGUGCCUCUGGCUUAUCUCUUCCCAGGCUGUCCAAUUGCCCAGAAAGAGCUGUUCCAUCCCAAUUCCUGCUUCUCAGGGUAUAUGGGGUCUCUGAAAGCAAAGACAAGAAGGUUGGAGGGAAUGGGAAGGAAGGCACACCCUGCUUUUCUGAGAGUAAUCUUGCCUCUGCCUUUCUGAUUCCCACAAAUUUUUCUGCAUCCUGACCACCUCAAGUUUAUGGAAAAGGAAAGUUUGGUCUUCGUUAUUUUUAACCUGGCUCACCACUAUACAUCUUUGGGCACUUGGCUUCCCUUAGAAUAGUCACUCACGAUUCUCCUCAGCUGGCAGCCUCAUUACCUAGUUUUGCCAUCCAACACGAACAUUUACUCUCGGAAAGAUCCCCACCCCACACACCUUGAAACUCACAGACUCUAAAAUGGAACUGCCUCCAUAAUUUUCCACAGGGUUCAGCCCUUCAGCCUUAUGAUGUGCCCUUUUCAUUGACAGGCUCUCUGGUCAGGCACAUCUCAAUACCUACCCAUGGAAAAUUGCACUGAACUCAUUUUGUCACUUUGUUCUACCACCACAUGAACUAUUUGCCCAGGAACUAGCCAUUUCCCAUGAUCUUUCUCCAUCCAGUUAAGGGGAAACUUCUCAAGGCAAGCACCUCUUCCUUUGCUAUUUACUAUCAGACAUAUUCUCUUACCCAGACUGCAUUUUUCAAUGGCAGAACAGAGUUUUCUCAGAGGCAACAAAAAUCCUUCAACUUCCUUCUGUUCAUUUCAAUUCAAUUCAUCAAACAUUUGUUAAGCCCGUGCUGUAUGCCAAGACGGGAUACAAAGACAGAAAAUAACAACCCUUUCCCUCAAAAUCCCUGUUUUUGUACUUAAAGAUGUGGCCCUGUCCCUGCCCACAAGACCAUGAUUCUCUGUCCAUCAAUAAGCUUAAUGUCUAAAGUUGACCUGGUCAAAUUUGGAAAGAUCCCCAUUCUUUACAAACUGGCAGUUUCAGUCAAAGAUUGGAUGCCAGUUUUGCCCUAUGACCACUUAUAUUAAGCCUCAUAAAUGUCUGUGCAUGUGUAUCUCUUGUGGUAUGGUUACAAUGAUGUCUGUGAAAUUACCAGAGGCUUCCAUUGCCAUAAGGAAAUGCUGCUGUCAAAGCUGUGGAUGGGAAUGUGGUGAUUGUGGCUUGUAAUAUCCUUUUGGAAAGAAAUUGCUCUCUGCUUAUGAAAAUUUGGUUCCACAGUUCCAAUCUUUCCCCUUUAUGUCAUAACAGAAAAAAAAUCCAACAAUCUGAUUUAAAGUAUAGAAGGAAAUACUGUUAGCUAGAUGCCAAGUCCCUUCAGUAACCAUUCCUAUUGGGUAUAAAUUAUCUUGUACUUCCUUAGCUGUUCUCUUGAUGUUUAAAUGUGAAUAGUUUGUUAAUAUGGCUGUAAAGUGUCCUAUUGUAUGAUUCGCAGGCAGAACACACGUCAUUUUAUGAUACUGUCAUCUUAUAAUAUAUUAAACUGAUGCUUUAUCUAAGA